AUGCCUGCCUUUUCGCUUUUAAGGUCUCGCGCCGACAACGACUCUGCAUCGUCCGAGAUGCGCCGAGACCCCCCCAGACGGGAGAGGAGACGGGAGAGCGAAGAAACUUCCUCCUCCUCCGCAGAAUUGUCUGACUUCGCCUCUCGACCCAGGGGACCUCCUCGUUUGAUUUCUCUCCUCGCUGAACUGUUGGAACGACACAGUGGAGGAAGAGACGCCUUUAGCCAUCGAGGCGAGACACAACAACGUCUGAAAAACGCCGCCUGGGAACGCCUGCUCCUUCCAGCUCUACGCCAUCGCCUACCUGCUCCACCGUCGUCCGCUUCUUUCUCUCCUUCUCUCCCUUCUUCUUUUGCUUCUUCUGCCCGUUCGCGCGUUCUGGAGCUCUGUCACCAGUGGCGAUGGCAUGGCCGAGAGGACGACAGUCGAGCGCUUCUUCUCCUCUGCGAGGUAGUUCUGUCUCGGACUUCUUCCGCUCUUCCCUCGUUCUCUUUGUCGAGUUCUGCCGACGCUGGCUUCGACGCAAGGAAACUGAAGAACUCGGGAGCUCUCGUCUAUCUCCUUCUUCUGCUCUCUUCCUUCUCCGACGCGCGCGACAGCCGAGAUACCUCUGAGGAACGCAGCACGAACGCUGAAGACCUCUGUCGCGCCUCCGAGUUCUCCAGGCAUGUCCUCACCGCCGCUGGAGUACAUACACCCCAGCUCGACGCGCGGCGGCUGCGGCUGUCCUUCGCCGGGACCCGCGCGAGCUCGCAGGCGUCUUCGUCUCUCUCACUUUCUCGAGGAAUUUCCCUCAAACUGAGAGAGGAGAUUCGCGCUGCAGGAAGGCGCCUGGGGCUGUCGGGAAGCGCGCCGAGAUCCGACACUUCAUGCUCUGCUCAAGAGGUCGAGGCAGGAGACAAAACUCGAGGAGCGGAGGCGGACGGAGAGGGUGAGAAGUCGGAGCGAGACAGAGGUACAGCCAACGAAGCAGCAGGCAGAGCAGACUGCGUUUCAGAGCAGGAAUUGCCCUGGAAGUCGACAGUGGAGAGCGCAAGCCCAGAAGAGUCGGCGUCUCACGAAGAAGAUCCACUCGGAGCGAAGGAAGAGUCGGCGACCGAUUCCUUGCACUCUCGAGUUUCGUAUGCUUCUCAAAGUCAGGAGACCGGUCUCUCCCAACAUGGCGCGUCUUCUCUCGGUGCCCCCCUCUGCCCUGACCCUCAGUGGCCAAGAGACUUGCCGCUGUCGGCCUCUUCUGUCUCCCCAGUCUCUUCUGUCUCCUCUCUGCGGGCGGUCUUCGCCCCUGUGUCUCCUCCGGAGUUUUCUUUCCGGCGGGUCGCCGCCUUGCCCUUGGGGGCUUCUGCGUCUCGCCGGCGGUUGGAGACGAGUGUGGGCAAGCCGCUUUCAGCGCCGCUUCGCCAGCUGUCUCUGUGCGACUCUGGGAAGCGACCUGAACUCUCCUCACGGAUCCCGGAGAGAUCCGGAGAAGCCGAAACUGGCGGAGACGCGCUCUCGUGGGGUGGAGCUUGGCGCGGCUGCUUCGACCGCCGGAGCCUCGCCCCUUCGCUUCUUCCUCCUCUGAGUGAAGGUGAGUGUCUCUACAGACUUGUGGCUGAGGGAGACAGUUUGUCUGGACUUCAACGCAAUCCCGCGCCUUCUUCCUCUCGGUCGUUGCUGUCUCCUCGCCCAGUCUCUUCUUCCGCGUCCUCUUCUGCGUCUUCCGCCUUCUCUGACUCUCCUUCGUCUUCCUCUCCCGCGUUUCCGGGACUCUCAGCGGCUGCGCCGGGCCGUGGCGAAUUGUGCGGGGACGCGUUCCCCUCCGCGUUCGCGCGAGAGCCUCCCAGAUUCUUUCCUCUGCCUCAGUCGCUCCUGCCCGGCGGCCCGGCGCCGACCAACCAACGCCGCGACAAUGGAGUCUCCUUUUUCGCGGCUUUCGCCCUCGAAGAAGAAGAUAUAGAAGCGCCAUGGCUCCGAAACAGGAAGCGAGAACUCCAGGGAGAUAGAGACGAGAGAGGCGAGAGAGGCGACAGCAGUUCAAGUGGAAGUCAGGGCGCUCGAAAUCAAGAAGAAGCAGAUGGAAACGGGGGAACUGUUGUGCAGCCUGGUGUGUUGUGUUGGAAAAGAGAGACAGAAGCGGUUUCGCUGGAGAGAGAGAGAAAGACUCCUCCGGCGCGAGACGGGGGCGGGGCGCCGCGCGCGGCUCUCGCGAUGCCCGAAACCUGGGAGAAGGAGAUGAUUCGUUGGCUACAAUCCCAGGAGACAGGUCGCCUCCACGCGUCUUCGGCUGUCGUGGAUGAUCGCGGAUUUCUGGAAAUCAGACGCUUUGCUUCCUGGGAUAUGCGGCUGCUUCAGCCGAGAAUCCAGCGCGUUGCCGAGAGCCUCAGAGCCGCAAACGCGGGCGACGCAGGCGCGCCAGCAGACGCCUGGACGGCCCAGAUGCUCAGGUGUAUGGACAGCCGAACCACUGAGUGUAUGAGUACCUUUCUGGCGACAGCGUACGGCGCAAUGACCGUCGGUGGACUUGACAACAGGUUCGCUCUUCUGUCCGGAAAGCGUCUCUCAGUUCGUGGUAAAGACCCCCCUGUCCGUCCUGCCGCUUCUCUUGUGUCUUCUUCUUCAUCCUCGGCCUCUUCUGCGACUUCUUCAGUGGCUUUGUGCCGACUGUCUCUCUCCUCUGUUCUCUCGACUUCGCCUCUUCCUCUGACGCCCUUUGCGGCUCGUGCGCCUCCACCCGGUGUACGUACACGGCGCGCGACCUUCCCCACGGCGCCCCUCUGGCUGCAGUGCUGCGUCUUGGCCCUGCAAGGGUGCGAGUCUCUGCUCUUCCGGACGACACACUCGCAUGCAUGUCCUCUUUCUGCCUUCGGCUUGUCGGAUGCGUCCUGUCGGGGGAACGGAGCCUCUUCGUCUUCCCCGCUUCCUUCGCUCGGCUGCGCGUCGACGCUGCAAUGUCGCGCGGCCACCCCGCUGAUAGACAAGAAGGCGAGGAGAGAGGCAGAGAUCAGUUUCUCCUGCAUUCGCCUGCCGCCUCUCUCGCGACUCGUUUCGGACGGAGAAGCGGGGAGAGAAGCGAGCGACGAGACAGCGACGGAAACCGCGCAGCAGGAAGGUUUCGCUUUCUCCGCCCGUGUCGAGGAAGAGAACAUUCCAUUCUUCGCGGCAUGCUGCGACUUGCGCUACGCCUCCUGGUCGCGACAGAAGGCAGGCGGAGGGACAACGGAACGGGAGGUCAGAGACUGGAGGCCCUGGGCUGUAUGUACAACGCAGCAGGGAAGACUGAGGGAGGCGCAGAUGGCCGCGCUCGGCAGCAUGGAUGUCCUCUCCAAAAUUGCCGAUCCCGCAUGGACGCCUGUCUUCGAGGAAAUUGCAGAGCUCGCGAGUCUGCUUCGCCGCCUACGAGCCUUCGUCGCGUUUUUCGCUUCUCCACGUUCCCUGUCUCCCGGCGAGGGACAAGCCCAGUGUUUCGCGUCUUCGCCUCAGACAGAGAAAUCGGAAGGCAAAUCUAGAGUCGAUGCUUUCGCCUCUAGUUCUCCGCUAUCUUCGGCGGUUCCUAGAGGUUUCGGCUUGACAGUCGGAGCGUUCGUGACGGCCGUGGAGACCGUUCUGUCUGAUUUCGAUGCGUUUCUGCUCUCAGGCGAGGUGUAUGCACACCUGAGUCCGGGCGCCAGUCCGUCGGCCGCCUGUGCGACGUACCGCGCCUCCUCUCUGGGUGAACUUUCCUCGUCCUGCGCUGCUUUUUCCUUUGUUUCUUCGCCGCUCGGUCUCCUGCCCCGACUUCGAGAGUGGAAGACGCGAAUUGCUUUUCUAGCUCGAAUCUGCCGCCUGGAUUUUCCGCGCGAAGCCAGCAGCCGAGAGAGACACAGGCCUCGAGAGCGAUUUGAAAAUUUGUCGCGAGAAGAGCGAAACACAGGAACAGCGUCGCUCGGUUCUCAACUGACAGAAAAGAGCCAGCAGAGGAGAGAUGCAUCGACGCGCAGCCGUCUGCUGCAGAGGUGUACAGACACCUGGUGGUCGUUUCCGCGGGGGUCAAGUCUGCUGGACCGGAUUUUCUUUUUCGCGAGUUCUGUGCAGUCUGAAGCUGUUUAUACACCGCAGCCUCGCGGCUUCCUUUCUCUAGAGAGUCUUCUGUUUUCCAACAGUCAGCUGCGGACGAACGGCCGGUUCUGCAGAGCAACUGAAAAGAGCGGCUCGUCCUCUCUGUGCUGGACUCUCGCUGUGCAUCUGCUUCUUCACUGCGUGUCUCCGUUGCUCAACUUUCUCGAAAACUGGGUCUUCAAAGCAAACAUGUCCGACCCCGCUGAUGAGUUCCUCCGCGCGUCGCCGGGCGCGCUGUCGACAGUCUCGUCCCCCGCUCUCGAGUGUAUGUCCAGCCGGAUCUUCCGUUCCUCAGGUCCUGGAGACUUCUGCGGUGGAGCUCUGCCCCCUAGGGACGGUGAAUUCAAUUGCGCAUGCGUUUCCUCUCUUUUCUCUGAAGAACCUGCGCAGCCAAGGUGGGCGGAUACUGCCGCGCAUGUCGUUGGAGAGGCUUCGCAGGCGACCUUCGUCCUUCCCUCGUUUCUGCUCUCUGUACAGCAGGAGAUCCAUAACUCCGGCCUUCUGCUCCUGAUUCUCCUCCACGCGUCGCCCGAGGCUUUCCGAGCGGCGAGCCUGGCUUCCGCUGCUUCUCUCCCCUCUGCGGCUUCCUCUCGUCCCUCCACUUUCUCCUCUUUCCUCGCAGGCGCACUUGCGCCUGCUUCGCGCUCUGCCGCUGGAGCGAUUGUGAGAGGAGCCUUGCAGAAGGGAGACGCGAAUGCUCGAACUUGUGAGCUCGCUGUCUCGGCGCCGAGCUUGACUCUGGAGGCCUUUUCACGCGCGCUCGAUGCACGACGCGGCUCUUCUCCCUCGUUCUUCUCUUCACAGCCUUUCGCCUUCACCUCGCUCCUGGCUGCGCCGAGUCCCUACUCGUGGUUGCCUUCGUUUGUCCACGACGAGGAAGACAGACAACUUCCAACCAGCCUGCGUACCACCCGCGCCGGCGUCCUCGAAUUCUCCGUUUUUUUGCGAGACCUCUUGCGCGUGGAGCGAAAGUUCCGCGACCUGCAUGCGCGCGGCCUCGCCCGCGUUGCCCGGCUCGUGGAGGACCGCCAGCUGCAAGUCCAUCUGGCGGACCUGGCCAGCGAGGAGGCGCGCCGUCUCGACCGCGCCGCGCUGCACCAGCGGAUUCGCCUGAGCCAUCAGACGCAGCUGCUGCAGCUGCAGCGAGCGCGAGUAUCCCGAGAAAUGGUGUUGGUCGCCGCUGCUCUGGCGUCUCAGAAAACCUCCUGUCCAUCCCUCGCCGAAGUCUGGAACGAGGUGCUCAGGAAGCAGAGGGAGGAGCAGAAGCAGCUCCUCGACGAACAGCGACAGGCGCAGGCGGCGGCGCAGCGGGACCGCGAGAAAGAGGAAGAAGAGGACUGCGGAAGGAGAAAAGAUUCUCACUCGAGUGCGAGAGAGGAACGCGUGCAGGCAGAGCUCGAGCGACAGCUGCGCGACCAGCGCCGCGAGUACGAGCAACUCGAGGAGCAGGUGAAGCGAUUGCAGCAGCUGCACAGAGACCUGCGAAUGUCGCUCUCUUCUCUCCCGCAGGCCGGGGAGGGGCUCAAAGCUCAGAAUACUCAGUGGCUCGUGGGUCGAAGAGCCGCAAAAACGCACCUCGAAUCGCGGAAACUCUCUGCAGGCCUCGCGCAUGCAGAACACGCUGUACAGACAGCUGCCGCGGCGCUCGCCAGUGUCGAGCAGACUCUCGAGAGGCGACGCGAGCGGAAGAGAAGCCGGGGGGACGCAGGUGACACUAGGGAAGAGGGAGAAGCUUCGCAGCCAUCUGGCGGCCGCUGCGUUGUCGGGGACCUGUUGAAAGAUCCGGAGAUCGAGGUGAAGGAAAACGAACGUGGAACUCGUCUUCCGUCUUCCCCGUCUGUCACUUCGUCUCCACGCCCUGCCUCUUCCUCUGCUGCUCUUCCUUCUGCUUCCUCGUCUAGAGAAGCGGCGCGAAACGACGAGCCGCUAGGCAACUGCCAGCGAAGAAACAGCGACACCACAGCAGAACCUGAGACGCUGAUGACGCGUCCAGGUGUGAGUCCCAGACACCCGAGGUCCUCACCAGCGCCCAUGUCGACACCCCAAGAAGCGAGAACAACAGAAGAGGAGAGAGCAGAGGAAGAAAACUCGGAUGUCACACGCGACGAGACUCGCGAGGAUCCUAAGACAGAAACGCGGUGUCGUCCUGCUGUCUCCGAAGCGAAUCAGGGGACGACGAGUGCCUGGACGACGACUGCGGCCUCGAGCCCCAGAGCCGGAGACAGUGUGUCGAGCAACGAAGAGAUACCUCAAGAGAGUUCCCAGGAGAGAUUCCAAGACGAGGAACUCGAAGAGGGGAGAUAUGAAGACGCGGGAAGAGGACUUCGGGAGGCAGGACAUUGGCAGACAGAGAUGGAGAGAAGAGGAGAACAAGGAAACUUGAAUCGAAGCAUAUGGAUCUGUAUAGGCCAAGCCGUCGCCACACAGCAUGCAAUUGCGAAUCGCGCGUUCCUCGCCUUCAUGGGGCGACAGCAUUGCGAUCUCCUCGGGGCGCUAGACACCGUGAAAAAAUUUAUUCUGUUCGGGGCUUCGGACUCCAUGGGACAGUUCGCAGUCGCUCUCAUCGCGGAGCUGCAGAAAAAGGAGAAGGAGAAGUUGCAGGGCGCGUUCUCCGCUGCAGCCGCUGCGGGAGGCAGCGCGUCGGAUCCCGGGUGGCGGCAGUCCCGGCAUGCGUACACCGGGCAUAUGGGGAGUUCGCUAGCGAUCCACGUUCCCCGGUACACGGAACGCAUCAACGCGCUGUUUGCUUCGGCGCUGGGGCCCAUCCGCUCCUCCGCGUCUGGACGUUGUUCGGCCGACGGAGGCGUUGUGUCUGGACUCUCUGCGACGCCUUUUGAAGUUUCUUCUAGCCUCCACGGACGCAGCAGAGACUGGAGUGGGACAAGCGACGCAGGCCUCGGUUUUCGCUCGAAAAUGACUGUGGAGUUUCGGCUCUCAGAAGGCAGGCCGGCAGCAGGGGGGGCGGAUGUCGGUCCAGACGCCUCGGGAAACCGAGAGAAAGCGGUCCGAGGACGAAACGUGGAGGAUCUUCUGAAGGACGUCGAGGUCGUUCUGCAUGCACCAUUUCCACUCACGCUCUUCUUCGAUGCGGACACGGGGUGUAUGUACAACCGGAUCUUCCAGUUUCUCACGCUGCUGAGCUUCUCGCUCCACUGCAUCCACCACGUCUGGCUCCAGCUGAGUCGUCUGCACCGAGUCGCAGAUGCACGCAGAGGCCGAGGGCGGCUUCGGCCGCGUGUCUUUCUCCGAGACGGCGAGGAGCGGUUCGGUUUCUCUGUGUCUCCGCGAGGCGUGGAGUCGAGGAGAAACAGCGCGUCGAGAGACGGAGGAGAAAGCGACGAAAGAGGUGUGCACUCGAGUCCUAUCCCUGAGUCGCAUGUCCACGCGUCAGCCGGGCUUCGGGGGGAGUCCCGAGAUGCCAAGGACGCCUCUGCAGACAGCUGGAGAGACGACGGCUUUCUUCUGCCUCCUGGUCUGUACGCGCGCAUGUGGCUGUUGUCCGUCAAAGUGAAAUUCGUCACAGACGCCCUCCACGGCUACGUCAUCACUGACGCGUUGCAGGCGGAGUGGACCGCUCUCACGAGGUACGUGCAGCGCACAGUCGAGGCGGCUCUCGGCCCGCCGCGGGUACGGCGCCCCUCGGAAGGAAUCUCGCGAGGCGCGUCGCCGCAGUCAGUGCCGCCGGCCACUGAGGCCUCGAAUGCGACUCUGCGCCAACGUCAGUGGAAUGCCGUCGUUCUCAACUCCGAAGAAGGAAGAGAAAACGCGCCUCGACCCUCCAAGGCGCGUACCCCAGCGAUGGCGCCGGGUGUACGUACACCCCAGCGUCGGAGAGUCGGGGAAGCCAGUGGGGACGAGACACCCGAGAGGCCAGAGGUUCAGGACGACGUCGCAGGGCGGACGUCAGCGUCAGAGAGUCGAGCGAAAGAAGCUGAUGCGUUUGAGCUUUUCGCCGCCCACCGAAAAACCGUUUCGUCCAUCCACACCAGGUGUCUCCUGUCUCCGCGCCUCGCCCCGCUGCACCAUCACGUGAUGGACGUUCUUCGGGCGUCGUGGACUCUACGGGGUCUGCAGGAGCAGCUCGAAAGAGACGAGAGACAUCUGAGAGACCUGCUGGCCCCGCAGAGGAAGAAAUGGAGCGAUUUGUGUCGCCGCCGCUGUCAGAUGCAGAGUGCGAUUCGUGGUGUGUCAGCAGAGGAGACAAGCGUUGUCCGGGCCUCGUUCGCCUCCUUUGACAAGACGGAGAACGGCAACAUGUAUCAGACGUUCCAGCGAGAAGAAGAAGCGAUUCUGGCGGCGAAACGAGGAAUCGAGCGUGCAGGUGUCGCCGCAGGUCUCGUGGCAGCUAAGCAGCUCUUAAAAAUCGAGAACCUGUUCCAAACUGCAUGCGACGGACUCAUGGCUGCGCUACAGAAGCUGGAGCCUCUGCAGUUGCUCGACGCCCUCGCUCUGCGUCUCGACUUCAACCACUUCUACUCGAGGCAAGCCGCGUUAAAGGCGGCUGGUGCAAAUAUGGAGAGAAGACUGCGAGAGGUUUAA